CGGGUCUGCUUUGCUCCAGGUGUCUGUCGCCGAGCACACCAUCGGGCGCGCUAAGAUCGGACGCUAGGAAACCUUACCCACGGCUUCUGGGGCGACACUCUUUGGAUCCGUCAUGGCAUGAUCCGCACCCCCGCCGUCCAGGGCCAUCACGGGUAGCGGUUCCCCGGAGGUCCGCAAGGUCCGUCUCCAAAAAGCCCAAGUCGCGCCACCCGUCAACUCUGCCAUCGCCACUAACCGUCAAGUCAAGAUUCGCCUCGCGCUUCCACGACGACGACGACGACGACGACGACGACGACACGAUGAACAACUUCAUCACGGGCGCCGCCAUGGGCGCCGCCCUCACCACAGCCGGGGUCUACGCGCCCGACAUCAUCCUCUCGCAAUUCAAGUUCCAGGACUUCACCAUGCUGCAGACCUUCCUCUCCGCCGCCGCCGGCAGCACCCUCGUCGUAACAGCCGCCCAAACACUGCACCUGACCGCCCUCCCGCCGCGGCCCUGCGCCUCCCUGGGCCUCGGUUGCCUCGGCACGCGCUACGACGGCAACCUGCUCGGCGGCGCGCUGCUGGGCGCGGGGAUGGCCGUGUCGGGCGCCUGUCCCGGCACCGUCCUCGCGCAGCUGGGCGUCGGCGUCGCGUCUGGCCGGUGGGCGCUGGCCGGCACCGUGCUGGGGGGUGUCGUCUGGAGCGGGAUUGUCAAGGGAUGGAGGCGGGGUGGUGGUUUCGGGAGUGCUCGGGAACAGCAGGGGACGGGGACGGUGGGGAGGGGCGCGGCGGAGGGAGAUGGGAAGAAGAAGAUGAAAGAAGAAGCGCGGGAGGCGGAAAUGCCGCUGACGGUGUACGACGCGCUGGGCGUCAGCCGCGGCGCGCUGCUGGUCGGGCUGGAGGCCGUGCUCGUGCUGGGGGUCGCGGCGUGCGCGCGGUUCGCGAACGCCGGCGCCGCCGAGGCCAGGGGAGUUCCGCCGUAUCUCGGCGGGCUGGCCAUCGCGGCCGCGCAGUUGGUGUCGAUCGUGCUGAGGGGGUCGUUGCUGGGCGCGUCGACCGGGUUUGAGGAGCUCGGUGGCUGGGUGUGGGGCGCGAGCAGGAAGUACGCGAACGUGCUCUUCUCCGCCGGCGUGGUGGCCGGCGCGUGGAUCAUCUCGGCCGCCGUGCCGGCGCUGCGGCCGAUCACCGACGUGGCCGUCUCGCCGGCCAGGUCGGUCCUGGGCGGCUUCAUGAUCGUGUUCGGGUCGAGGAUGGCGGGCGGCUGCACGUCCGGGCACGGCAUCAGCGGGCUGUCGCUCAUGUCCAUCUCGAGCUUCCUGACGGCGGCGGCGAUAUUUGGGGCUGGGGGUGUGACGGGGCUGUUGAUGGGCUGAGUGAACUACAGCAAAUGCUCGGAACUUUAGGUAGGCUCAGUGUGGCUUGCUUUUUGGGCCUCCAGCCUGAGCUGUGUCUUGUGUUGUGUAUUCUACCAGGGCGGACUAGAACUCGAAGCCCAGGCUUUCUACAGGUGUUUAUUCAAACCUUGGUCCUACGAGUCAACUCACGCUGCUCUCAAACUCUAGUGCUCCUGACAGCGGGUGGGUUUGGAUAUGGGACAUUGAAUAGGACGAGAAGGCGCGAGGUGCCGCCGUUGAGUUCUGAUAGAUUCCUCUCUGGAGACACAACGCUCUCGAGACGCACGUAGGUGCG